GGUACGCGUGACGUAACGGGAACGCCCAGCAGACGCCACGAGUCACGUGUUUGCGACUAGUUCUGUAGUUAAGUGCUGUAAAAUCGUUUUAAAUUAUUAUUCGAUGUUUUCUUGGGAAUGCACCCGGCUUUUCUUCAACCCAUUAUUGCUAUGAAAGACUACAAUGCCGGGGUUUGAGCUGGAGCCCGUGGAUGGUGGCGGUCCUAUACCUCUACCCCAGGGGGAAACGCUGCUGGGAAGAGGUCCGUUUCUUAGGGUCACCGAUAAAAGGGUGUCCAGACAUCAUGGUCUGCUGGAGAACAGUGAUGGACAGCUGCGCAUUAAGCCUACGCAUGCGAACCCCUGCUUUUGGCAGUCCGCUCCGGAGGAUCCCCCACAGCCCCUGGAAAAGGACAGUUGGCACCCCCUUCACCCAGGGGAAAUCUUCUCCCUCCUACCAGGAAAGUACAUCUAUAGGGUCGUCUCCUCCAAGGAGGAAAACACACAGAGAAAGAGCCAAGUCUUGGCGGAGGAUGAGACUGGUAAGGGGAGUCAGGAAGAGAAUGGGCUGAGUGACCCAGUCAAAGCUGACACCGCGGAGGGGCGCAUAGAGUCUGGGAGUGAGCGGCCGAGGGCAGGAGAGAGGAAGCGGGUGCUGCCUGCGUGGAUGAUGCAAGCGGCCGCUGUCGUCCCGAGCCCCCCCACGCCGAAAGGCGGUAAGAGGGAUAGAGGGAAGGCGACCCCAUCCCAGGCCAAAGCGCCCAGCACCACCCAGGGAGGGAGAAGAGCCAUCUCCUCAGGGGAUGAGUUGGAGGAGGGUGAAACAGAGCAUUCACGCAGGAAGGGGAUGAAGAGGGGGAAGAGCAGUGAAGACGUCCAGAGCCCCUCCACCUCCACCUCGAAAGGUGUUAAAUUGGGUGGGGGGACGGCAAGCCCACCCCAGGCCAAAACGCCCAGCUCCACCCAGGGAGGGAGAAGAGCCAUCUCCUCAGGAGAUGAGUUGGAAGACGGUGAAACAGAGCAUUCACCCGGGAAGGGGAUGAAGAGGAAGAGGAGCAAUGAGGAAGAUGACACACAAAGCAAGGCCUCUGCGUCAUCCGUUACGAAGGCCAGGCGCCCAGUGAGACCCAUCCAGGCAGAGACGAGCGAGGAGUCUGAUGACCCUGAGAGACCGUCUGGAAACAACGGGGAACCCACUUCUGGAACUGAGAAGGUGGCGCACUCAGUUAACAGGAAGGAGGGCCUUGGGGCGAAGGAGACUUCCUCACAGGCAAGGAAUUCACAGCGAGUCCCCUGUCCCUACGGCAAAGACUGUUACAGGAAGAACCCCAUUCAUUUUAAAGAGUGCAGCCAUCCUGGCGACAGUGACUUUGAGGAGAAGCCUGCAGACGAGGACGACAGACCAGAGUGUCCGUAUGGGACCAGCUGCUACAGGAAAAACCCACUGCACAAGAAAGAAUACAAACACACUAAGGAUCCAGGGAAAAGGGCUUCAAGAGAAGAAGAAUAUGCUGAUUUGGAUGACAGCCUUGUAGAUGACAGUGAAUCUGUUGAUGAUGAUUCAGACUACGUUCCUUACGAGUCUGAUGACAGUGCGAACACGAAAAAACAGAGAAAGACUCUGCUCAGAAAGUGACCAAAUUGAAGAUUUAUUUUAAAGCAUUCAAAAACACUGGACUGGAAGUAUAAGUGCAAUUGGCGUUUUUGUUUAAUGUUUAUAACCCGCAGUGCUCCGAGUGAUGUAUCCUUCAUUCUUGUAUGAUCUCAAACCUAAAGCAGCUUUUCAUUUACACCCCAAAUUCAUCUUUUCAUGUAUUAAGACUUGCCUGGUGGCUGGUUUUGUCUGUAAAAAUUCCGAUGUUGAGAAUGGUUAAUCCAAAAGUGAGGAAUGUUCAUUGUACAUUGUGGUUUUAAAAAAGCACUGUUGAUUACUGUUUUCUUUUUUACUCUAUUUGCUCUUCUGCUAAUUAGAAGUAAAGUACACUUUUUUAAGUUGUGUUUUAUUGGGCACCAGACUUAUUAUAAACAUGUUCAGUGACAUUCUGUGCAAUAUGUAAUAAGUUAUCUGAUUUAUCUUUCAUACUCCUUUCAUACUUUCAAAAAAUUUGCAUCACCCUUUUAGAGCUGUCGCGAUUACUUGAUUACCCUGCAGUAUGAAGGAAGACGGGGCAUAAAGGAUGAGGAUCCAAAUAAAGAGCGAAAGCAUCA